AUGCCGCUAGGCCGGAAACGCGAACCGUUGCUGCUGGCACCGCCAGCGCCCACACCCUCGAGCUCAAGUGCAAUCAUGGCGAUGAUUGAAGCUGGUUUCAAGGAGGAGACGGGGCUCACCCACGAAUGCGGCGUGUUUGGGUGCAUCGCGGCCGGAGACUGGCCGACGCAAAUUGAUGUAGCUCAAGUUAUUUGCUUAGGUCUGGUCGCAUUGCAACAUAGGGGUCAAGAGAGUGCAGGAAUUGUCACAAGUGAAGGCUACAAUGCAAAGUCCUUUCAUGUUCACAAAGGAAUGGGAAUGAUAAAUAAUGUUUUUAAUGAUGAUUCGAUGAAAAAACUUAAAGGUAAUUUGGGUAUUGGGCAUACUCGAUAUUCUACAAGUGCUGCUUCAGAAGAAGUAAAUUGCCAACCAUUUGUGGUGCAUACAGCUCAUGGUGCAUUGGCUGUUGCACAUAAUGGUGAACUAGUUAAUUGUAGUUCUCUGAGAAAAAUGGUACUUGCACGUGGUGUUGGCCUCUCUACUCAUUCUGAUAGUGAACUUAUUACACAAGCCCUCUGUCUUAAUCCACCUGAUGGUGAGGUUAAUGGCCCAGAUUGGCCAGCUCGCAUUAAGCACCUCAUGCAAUUAGCUCCUUUGUCAUAUUCAUUGGUUAUUAUGCAAAAGGACAGGAUAUAUGGGGUGAGAGAUCCCUAUGGAAAUAGGCCUUUGUGUAUAGGAAAAAUUGUUCCUGUGAAACUAAAAGAUGGUCGAGAAAAUAGUGAUGAUGAAGAAGAAGAAGGAUGGGUAAUCUCGUCAGAAUCAUGUGGUUUCCUGAGCAUCGGGGCAAGGUACGUUCGUGAAGUGUACCCUGGAGAAAUUAUAGAAUUGACUCAAAAUGGAAUAAAGACUGUAAGCAUUGUACAACGACCCAAUGCAAAACCUCAAGCAUUUUGCAUUUUUGAAUAUGUUUACUUUGCUCGUUCUGACAGUAUAUUUGAAGGUCAAAUGGUUUAUUCUGUGAGAAUGCAGUGUGGUAGAGUCUUGGCAAAAGAAGCUCCUGUCAAAGCAGAUAUUGUCAGUUCUGUACCAGAAUCUGGUACUGCAGCUGCCCAUGGUUAUGCAAGAGAAUCUGGCAUUCCUUUUGCAGAGGUGCUAUGUAAAAACAGAUAUGUUGGUAGGACAUUUAUUCAACCCAGUACAAGAUUAAGGCAAUUAGGUGUAGCCAAGAAGUUUGGAGCAUUAUCAGAAAAUGUCAGAGGAAAGAAAAUUAUUCUUAUAGAUGACUCAAUUGUUCGAGGUAAUACGAUUGGACCUAUCAUCAAACUUUUACGUGAUGCAGGAGCAAAGGAGGUUCAUGUACGUGUUGCAUCCCCACCUCUACAAUACCCAUGUUAUAUGGGAAUAAACAUACCCACAAGAGAAGAAUUGAUUGCUAAUAAAUUAGAUUCAAUCAAAUUAGCAAAACAUGUUGGUGCAAACAGCUUGGAAUAUUUAUCAGUGGACGGUUUAGUUCAAGCUGUGCAGCAUGGUAUUAAACACAAAAACUCUGCAGUUGGUCAUUGUACUGCAUGCCUCACUGGUAUUUAUCCUGAGAAACUGGAAUGGUAGUUGGAUAUAAUAAAAUACACUGCUAUUGCAGCAACAAGAAGAGAGCAUUGAAAUUCAAUUUCUGUGGAAAACAUGUUCCAGGAUGCUUUAUUUAUUUUCCCCCCCAAGAGAACAUGGAAAAGUUUUAAUUAAGACUACAUUCCAUUUUGCUGAGAAAUGUUUGAUGUCUGAACUAUGAACAGUAUAAUUUUCUUCGGUUUUCAUUUGUUUUACGUGCAGUGUAUUUUACUAGUGGAUAAAUGGAGAUGUGUAAUUGUCUAUUUUUCAACUUCAUUAACUUCAUUUUCUUGACUGAAUUGUUAUGAUGUAAAUGCAUUUAUUAUUAAUGGUGUUAAUAAACCUGUUCAGUGUUAUACUACAUUGCACAUAUAUAUUGUUAAUUUUUUGGAAUUUUUUUCUCUCUAAUUUUUUUACAUUUUUGCAACUGCUGUUUAACUGCAACUUAAACUGUUAGUAAAUUAUUUACUUAUUUAGUACAAUUUGUGCUGAGAUAGCACUCUGAAUAGUUAACAAACUUAUUGUAAUGGUAAAAUUGGGAAGUCAAGUUUCAAGUUUUGUCUUUAGUAGCAUGUACUAAUCUAACAGUAUUUAUUUAUUACAAAAGUGAAUGUGCCAAAUAAUCUAAUUACUAUUCAAUAUUCAAACUUCACCACAUUAAAAAUUACAUUGUGCAAUUCCAAUUUUCCAGAAGGAUUGUGAAUCUAAUGUAUUUUGGCCUUAAGUAGUUGGCAUAUCUCAUUUUAAACAAAUAUAUAAUAAAUAUAUUCUUAAUAAAAUGUAUUUUUAAGAUUUCAGAAUUUUAAAAAAAAAACUUAUUUUUAAUAAA